AUGGGCAAGGUUGAGGACAUUCCCCUUAGGGUAGGAAAGUUCACAUUCCCCGUGGAUUUCUAUGCGCUAGAGAUGGAUGAGGACGAGAGGAUUCCUAUAAUUUUGGGUAGACCAUUUCUAGCUACUUCUAGAGAUAUCAUCGAUGUGAAGGAGGGUAAGAUAUCCUUGAAAAUUGACAAUGAUUCCAUUGAAUUUGAUUUCAAUAGUGUCAUGCAACAACCCUCCUCAAGUGGUGAAUGCUUUAGAGUAUAUGUUGUUGAUACCGUGCUUAUUGAAUUUUCUCGCUCCCACUUGCAUCCAACUAAUGAUCCUCUUGAAAGUGUGUUGUUGAAUGAAUCCAAGAUAGGUACUCAAAAAGAAGACAUACAAUUCUAUGAGGAUUUACUUGAGUAA